AUGGACCUUCCAACAGACAGCACGCCAAUCACUUUGGUGGUGAAAGCUCCAAAUCAAAGAAUUGCUGACAUUACAGUUGUUUGUAUGCUUGGGUGGACUGUCAAGAAUCUUAAGAAACAUUUGGCUGACGUCUACCCUAAUAAACCCAGUGAACAGCACCAAAAGUUAAUAUAUUCUGGAAAGCUUUUAAUGGAUCAUCUUCAAUUGAAAGAUGUCUUUCAUCAAUAUGAUCAAGGCAGUCAGCACACUGUUCAUCUUGUGUGUUCCCAAAUUGUAGACUGUCCAGCCAGAUCUACACAUCAAACAGCUGAUUCAAGAAACUUUCAUCAGGAAACAGCUCCUCUAGACAAUACACCUCCACAACCUGUUUCCAGCCCUGAAACAGAGCUACGGCAUAGGAGUCAUAAUUUUGAAGGCUUUCACAACCAAAGCAUGAAUCCAAUGUUUCACCAACAAAUGCCAUACAUGAUGUCACCAAUGGGUGCCAUGACAAUGCCUCAGGCAGGUUUUCUCUACAGUCCUGAACAGUAUGCAUGGAUGCAACAGAUGUAUUCCCAAUACAUGGCUCAAUAUAUGCAAUAUUACCAGUCUGGAACUUAUCCGUUGUCAGUGCCAGCUAAUGUGCCUGGCAAUGUCCUUGACAAUCAAGUUGAAGCAAACAAUGCAGAAAUUCGGCCAAUCAAUGAAAACCUUCGAAUGAAUGCUCAAGGAGUGAUGGAUGAUGAAGAUGAUGAAUUUGAGCAACGUGAUUGGCUGGACUGGCUCUAUGCUGCCUGCCGUUUCGUGAUCUUGUUGAGUAUUGUUUAUUUCUACUCAACUAUUAGCCGUUUUGUGGUGGUCUUCUUAACUUUCUUCCUCCUCUAUGUCCACCAAGCUGGAUGGUUCCAAGUCAGAAGACAAGCAGCUGGUGCUGAGCAAAAUAACAGAGAAGCUCAACAAGCAGCUCAAGCUGCAAAUGAUGUCCACCAAAAUGAAAACAGAGAGGCGCAGAAUGUUGGAACUUCUGAUGACAGUGGAACUGAUCAUAUACAACCACAAGAACCGCCUCAUCCUCGAGGAUUGGCUCUUGUUUGGCUGCUUGUUCGGACGUUUUUUACUUCGCUUUUCCCACAACAGCCCCCUGCUGUCAAUGCCAACUGA